AUAUCUCUUAUAGAUUCAAGCUCACUUAUUACCUAUGCUGUAUUCCAGAAUGUACAGAAAUCUCCAGAGAUGAGGUCACUCAUUUAUUUGAGCUUUUCUGACCUGCUGCUGGGAAUUUGUCGACUCACUGAAACACUUCUCUAUAGAACUUCCCUAGCCCAUAAGGACAUCAUCUGCUAUAACCUGCAAACAAUUGGACAGAUAUUCUACAUUUCCUCACUUCUUUACACCGUCAGUCACAUCUGGUAUCCGUACACAGAGCUGAGAAUGAAACAGAGUGGACAGAACACAUCUCCUCUGAGCUGGAAUUCCUGGGCUGUUAUUCUGAUGAUCAUAAAGCUAAUCAAGUCACAAGUACAGCUACACAUAGUCCUAUAUAUACUCUAGGCUUUAACAGCAACAUCCCAGGGUCUGCUCAACUGUGGAGUACAUGGCUAGACACGGCACAAGUUCUGCCAAGUAAAGCAAGAGUCUCAAUGUGAUGCAGAUACCCAGACACCAUUAACCAUUAUUAUUUUCUUCUUGGGGAGUGUAGCUGCUCGCGCUUCUGGGUAUUACGUGGUGGUGCCUGCCUGUUGA